AUGGCGUCGUCAAUUAAUUCCAGUGGCCAUUACCGUUGUCGAUUAUUUGUUGGCAAUUUGGCCGAUUGCGAUGAAAAUGAAGUCCGCCAACUAUUUCAGCAAUACGGCCAAGUCCUUGAAUGUUCAGCAAGCAAGGAAAAGAGUUAUGCCUUUGUUAAAAUGGACACUACUGAAAACGCUAACCGUGCUAAACUUGAAUUGGACGGUAAAAAAGUGAAAAAUCGACUUCUUCGUGUCCGCUUUGCUUCAUCCAAUUCAACGAUUGUUGUCAGCAAUUUAAAUCAAUACGUUACCAAUGAACUAUUACGACAAGGUUUUGAAAAAUUUGGUAAAAUCCAUCGAGCCGUCGUUAUUGUCGAUAUGCGUGGAAAGUCGUCAGGUCGCGGUCUAGUCGAAUUUUCACAUAAAAAAGAAUCCAUGGCUGCUAUUAAAGAAUGUACAGAAAAUGCCCUAUUACUCACUAGAUCUAUGAGGCCUGUAACUGUAAGAAGCCUCGAGGCUGAAGACGAUGAAGAUGGAUUACCAGAAAGAGUCGUUCGCAAUAAUGCUGCUUAUCAAAAGGAAUGGAGUGUUUCACCUAGAAUUGUAAAGCGUAACUCUCGAGAGUGGGAAUUUAUACAACGAUGGAAGGAUUUAGAUAAAGAUCUUAAAGAACAAAGACAAGCUGUCGAUACUAAAAUGAAAACGAUGGAACAACAACUUGAGCAAGAAAUCGAUGAAAUUCUAGCGAAAGAAAGUUAUGAACUUCAACAACAACAAAAAUUACGAGAAGAACAAUUACAGCAACAAAUGCAACAACGCUUCGUUCCUCCUCAUCCGGGCAUGCGUAUGGGCCAUCCUCCAGAAAUGCCUCUCAUGCCCAAACCAGAUAUGUACCACGGUGGCGGAUCGCCAAUAAUGAGAGGAAGAGUUCCACCGGCAAGAAUGCCUUUUAGAAGUGAACAUGAGGAAAUGCCUAAUCAGCCAAUGAUGGCUGAUAUGUGGAAUAGUGGAGCCCCUAUGAUGGAUCAGAGGGUUCCUCCCCAUCCUUAUCCUGAUCACCAGCAGAACAUAGUAGGCAGUCGACAAUCAUCACGAGAUAAUACUCCAAGAGAUGACAGGAAAAGAGAGGCUUCGGGCUUUAGUAAGGGUCCUGCAGCUAAUGCGUAUGACUAUUAUCCUAACAACGAACACGAUCCAAUGUUUAAUCCAAAACGAUUCCGCAGAAUGUGA